GCGCUACCUACUGAUUCGAAAGGAUUUAUUUAUCUUAAAGAUAAAUUCAAAACCACUCUCACAAACGCAAAGAUAGCUGCAGGAGUUUUUACUGGACCACAGAUACGUGAAGUUAUUCGUGACCCAAAUUUCAAAUUACAACUAGAGCCUGUGGAGUUGCUGGCUUGGGAAGCGUUUGUGGCACUGGUUCAGAAUUUUUUAGGAAACCACAGAUCAGAAGACUAUGUGAACUUGGUAGAAAACUUCAUAAUGGCAUACCAAAACAUGGGUUGUAGAAUGUCCCUAAAAAUCCAUUUCCUCCAUUCCCACCUUAGCUUCUUUCCUACCAAUUUAGGAGCUGUCAGUGAUGAACAGGGAGAAAGAUUCCAUCAAGAAAUCUCUGUUAUGGAACACCGGUAUCAGGGUCGUUUUGAUAGUAACAUGAUGGGGGAUUUCUGUUGGUUUCUACAGCGUGAAAGUGAAAGUCAAUAUAAGCGCAAAAGAUCAUUAUCGACAAAUUAUUCUUAUUAA